CAUAAUAAUUCAAAAAUGUCUCCAAUAAAUAUUUUUCUUUUUUUAUUUUCAACUUUAUUAUUAUUCCAAUAUGUUUAUACUGAUCCUACUUGUAAAAAGGAAGGUGAAACUGGUUGUGACAAUGACACCCAUGAUGGUUAUCCAUGCUGCGCCGUGAAGGGCAAAAACUUACAAUGCCAACAAACAGGAAUAAAGACUUAUAGUUGUAUUAAUAAGAAUUGUAUUAGUCAAAAUGGUCCGUGUAGCGGGAACUCUGGAUGUUGCUACGGAAAUUACUGUCAUGUCGGGCGUUGCCACCAAUGUCUCCCAGGCGAAUGCUGA